AUUCAGUCACUCAUCCUCUGACGUUAACCUCUUUUUAAAUGUUUGCAGCUAGAGGAGGGACGAUAUUAAAAGCACGAUCUACAACAUAAACUGUAAUUUAUUUCUUUGAAAAAUACUUUGGCUGGAUCCAAAAGUGACACGUUCUUCCUGAGCACACAGAGGUGACGGAUUCUCCCUGCCGGACAUGUGAAGGGGUGGAGGGGGGGCGGGAGGGGGUGCUGGUUGUCUGGAUCCUGGACUUGCAGCGCAUGCAGAUUUGGGACCUUUAAUGGCUUUCAGGUAGAGAACGAGGAGAGGCUGUCACCAUGAACUCUCUACAGUCGAUGGACCGGCACAUACAGCAGACCAACGACCGGCUGCUUUGCAUCAGACAGCACUUGCAAAAUCCGGCGAACUUCCAGACGGCAGCGACGGAGCUGCUGGACUGGUGUGGGGACCCGCGGGCCUUCCAGAGGCCCUUCGAGCAGAGCCUGAUGGCCUGUCUGACGGUGGUGAGCCGGGUUGCUGCCCAGCAGGGAUACGACCUGGACCUGGGGUACCGGCUGCUGGCAGUGUGCGCCGCUAACCGGGACAAGUUCACUCCAAAAUCCGCAGCUCUCCUGUCGUCGUGGUGUGAGGAGCUGGGGCGUCUUCUCCUCCUCCGGCACCAGAAGAACCGGGCCAGCGAGACCGCGGGGAAGAGCAUCCCCACCCAGCACAUGCCCUCCAUGAAGCCUGGCUUAUCACACGGCGAUGGAUCCUUCCCUUACGACUCCGUUCCCUGGCAACAAAACACCAAUCAGCCGCCAGGGUCCUUGUCUGUGGUGACGACCGUGUGGGGCGUGACCAACACAUCGCAGAGUCAGGUGCUGGGGAACCCCAUGGUCAACAGCAAUCCCAUGAAUCCCGGGGGCAACAUGUCCGCCAGCAGCCCUGGGAUGGGCUCGCCUCCGUUCCCCCCCAAAGGAGGCUCCGCCCACGCCUACCAGCAGGGCGUGUAUGGUCGGCAUGGUUACCCAGGAGGGGGCUUCAGUGGGAGUUACCCGGGGGGUCCGAACGGACCGGGGGGUAUGGGAAUGCCCCCUCAGACACGCGCCCCCGCGGACUUCACCCAGCCCGCCGCUGCGGCUGCCGCUGCUGCCGUCGCUGCCGCUGCUGCCACGGCAACCGCCACCGCCACGGCAACCGUCGCCGCCCUGCAGGAGACGCACAACAAGGACAUGACCCAGUACGGCCAGAUGUGUUCACCCUUCCAGUUGGCCCCCUCCCAGGCCUACAGCGGCCAGUUCCUGAACCAGGCCGGGCCCCGGGGCCCCCCCUCCGUCCAGGGUAGCAUGAGCCCUGUGGGCAUGGGGGCCUCCAACAUGAGCGGGCCCCCCAUGGGGAUGGCCCAGCCCAGGGCCCAGAGCAUGGGGCCCAUGGGGAGCCACAGUCAGAGGGGGCCCCAGGGGGGCUACAUGGGCCCCCGGCCCCAGUCCCUUCCCAUGCAGGGCAUGAAGAGGUCCUACCCGGGGGAGGUUUCACACCUCUCACCACAGGGUCCUUAUGGUGGCCAGCAGUACGGACCGAACAGCCAGUUCCCCAACCAGCAGGGCCAGUACGCCACCCCCAGCCCCACCCGCCCCCCACCCUCUCCCAGCUACCUGGGGCACAGGCCCCAAGGCCCCCAGACCCCCACGCAGUACCCCCCUCCAGGGGCCACCAUGGGCCAGUAUUACAAGCAAGACCCAUUCAAUGGUCAGACCAAUAGUUUCUCUGGGAGCGGGUAUUCCUAUAACCAAAACAGCGUGAAUGCGCCCUCCCGCACUGUCAGUAACUACCCCCACUCCCCAGUACCGGGGAACCCCACGCCCCCAGUGACCCCAGGAAGUAGUAUUCCACCAUACCUGUCCCCCAACCAGGACGUGAAGCCGUUUCCCUUAGAGAUGAAGCCAAAUGUCACUCUGACAGCCAAUGGGGGAGAGGAGCUUCGGCUGACCUUUCCCGUGAGGGACGGCGUGGUCCUGGAGCCCUUUCGGCUGGAGCACAACCUGGCGGUCAGCAACCACGUCUUCCACCUGCGGCCCUCCGUCCACCAGACGCUCAUGUGGAGGUCAGACCUGGAGCUGCAGUUUAAGUGCUAUCACCACGAGGACCGGCAGCUGAGCACAAACUGGCCAGCGUCCGUACAGGCCAGCGUCAACGCCACGCCCCUCACCAUCGAGCGCGGCGACAACAAGACUUCCCACAAGCCCCUGCACCUGAAGCAGGUGUGCCAGCCGGGGAGGAACACCAUCCAAAUCACCGUCACGGCCUGCUGCUGCUCACACUUGUUUGUCCUACAGCUGGUCCAUCGGCCAUCGGUCAGGUCUGUUCUGCAGGGUCUGCUGAAGAAGCGGCUGCUACCCGCUGAGCACUGCAUCGCUAAAAUCAAGCGGAACUUCAGCAGCUCUGCCGUGUCCUCGGGGAACGCCACGCUGAACGGGGAAGACGGGGUGGAGCAGACGGCCAUCAGGGUGUCCCUAAAAUGCCCCGUUACGUUCCGCAGGAUCAAGCUCCCAUCCCGCGGGCACGACUGCAAGCACGUGCAGUGUUUCGACCUGGAGACGUACCUGCAGCUGAACUGUGAGCGGGGAACAUGGCGGUGUCCCGUGUGCCAUAAAACAGCUCUGCUGGAGGGGCUCCAGGUGGACCAGUACAUGUGGAGCAUCCUGAAUGCCAUCCAAAAUUCAGAUUUUGAGGAAGUCACCAUCGACCCGACCUGUAGCUGGAGACCGGUGCCCGUGAAGACUGAGUUGCACAUCAAGGAGGACCCAGAUGGCCCUCUGGCCAAACGCUUCAAGACCACGAGCCCCAGCCAGAUGAUCCUGCCCAACGUGCUGGAGACGAUAGCACAGCUGGGGCCUGGCCCCUCCCCCUACCCAUCAGCCCCUGCUCCACACGGAAACAACAGCGACUAUAACAGCCAAGGCAACAGUUACCAAGGACAGGGAAAUUUUGAGUUCCCCCGCGGUGGUGCGAGCGGAACGCCUGUGAGUGACUUCAUUUCAGGACCCCAGCUGGCCCACCCACCGGACGGGCCUGGGGGCCUGGCGGUCCAGGACAAACCGGCCAAUCAUUGCCUGCCCGGAACGAUGGCUCAUCCAGGCUCUGAUCAGUCCCAUAAUUCAAUGCCACAUGGUUUGCAUGCGCCUCCUCACCCCAGCAGCCAAUCAGGGCAGCCGUUGCAUCGUCCCCUCCAGCACCCCGCCACACAGCCCUCUGUGAACAGCCACACGCACAGCCAGAUGACCUUUGACCCCCCCUCCAGCGUAGAAGCUCAGCAGGGGGGGCAGGGAGGCCCUGACAUUCCGGAGCCUUCCUUGGACCUCCUGCCAGACCUCCCCAAUCCCGACGAGCUGCUGUCCUAUCUGGACCCCCCCGACCUCCCCAGCAGCAGCAACGACGACCUCCUGUCCCUCUUUGAGAACAACUGACUCCCUCCUCUCCUCACGGCCUCCUGUCUGUGUUCCGCUGGCCUGGGCUGGCCUGGGAUGGACCGGGUCAAACCGAGGUAGCCUGGAUCAGACUGGAUUAGACCGGGUCAGACUGGGUUAGACCGGGUCAGACUGGAUCCGACUGGGUUAGACCGCGUCAGACUGGGAUAGACCGCGUCAGACUGGGAUAGACCGCGUCAGACUGGGUUAGACUGGGUCAGAUUGGAUCAGACUGGGUUAGACCGGGUCAGACUGGACAGCAGCCGUGCACUAAAGAUUGGCUGUUGAAAACAUGCACUCCAUUGACCUUCUUCCUCUGAGAGAAAACCUGCUCCAUCUCAACACUGACUGUAAGUCAGACAGGGAGGCCUCAGCGAAACAUUUUAAACUGAAAUGAACACUUUGGUUUCAAAGCAUUUGGAACAUUUGAAACUGUGCAGCUAUUGGUUUGUUUAUAUCUCACACAGGUCCCUGAACACUACAGAAGUAUUGUAGCAUUUUGUUUUAUGAUGACAAGAAAAUGGCUCCUUAUCCUGCCAGUGUCCUGAACCCCUUUCAACCUCGUUCUUCCAACCUGUCAGAGCCAAACUUCCCAAGGCUGACAUGAAGACAUGUCUGUUAAUGACAAGCACAAUAGCAAGGGCAGAGAGGGGGAAAAUGGCCUCUUACACACUGAAAUAAUUUUCAGAAAGUAUUUUCAGAAAUACUUAUUACCCCUUUGCAUCAUGCAGAAUCUGGAAAAUCGACUUUUUUCUUUAUUCCGUUAAAAAAAAUGACAUUCACAAUCAUGUUUUCAUUUAGAUAUUUAAAUCGCUUCUUGGAAAAUACAGCUCCCACAGUCGGUCUGAUAUCCCCUGAGAGGAGGCAGUAAGCAGGAGGGAGUAUGCUUGGGUCUGUACUGGGGAAUGUUACCGCAGUCCUGCACUGUCUUGAGUGGCUGUACCUCACCCUCGGUCUGUGUUCGGUCUGUGAGGCUUCUGCCUGGGCUCCUGUUUGUGUGUGCUGUUCUGUCCUCUCCAUCCCUGUCCUCCAUUACGUACAGUGAGUCCUGUAGUAAGUUCAUGUGUGCCAAAUCAGCCUGGUGUAAUGGUAUUAUAAACUGAAGAAUUUUAUGCUUUUUUAAAUUUUGUAUUGGUUUUAUUUAAUUUUUUUAAGAAACAUUUUUGUUUAGUGGAACGGCUUUCUGUUAUGCAAACACAACUUCUUAGUUUUGAUAUUAUGAAUUUGUAUGUUGUGUGUAUUGUUUUCAUUUUAAUUUAUAUAUUUGUGCACUUUUUUCAUGUACUGCAAAAAUUCAGUUAAUUUGUAAUUCUCAUCCGCUGACUGAAGGUGCUGGGCCUAGCUAGGUCUAUGGAAGGCUUGUUUGUGUGUUUUUCCAGUGUAUCAGGGUUGGAUUCAGUUGAGUGAGGAAUUUAAUUACAGUUCACUUCAUGAUUUGAAAAAUUGCCUAAAUAUUCUUGAGGAUUUUUCCAUUCAUGAAUAGAGUUCAGUCGAUCUGCUCAGUCGAUUGAUUUGAAAUGCAAUUAACCUCCACCCUGCAUUGUAGUACCAGGACUGUAGUACAGCUUGCAGAUGUGAAUAGAAAGAGAGAUUAUAUUUCAUGACACCUAAGUAGGAGAAAAGAGCAUACAUUUACACAUUUACUGAGUUAUUAAUGAUUAAUUUUGUACUAAUUUUUGUUAAGGUAGUGCAAUGUUAAAAUACAAACCUAUGUUACAGUUUCAUUGUAACAUUUUGUUUUGUCCUGGAAGCUCUGACACGCUUCCCUGUCCCCACCUUCAGCCUACUUGCAACCUGCGACAGGUUUGUUCAAACAAACAAACAAACAAACAAUAAACAAACAAACAAAAUGGCAGCCCCAGUCCUGGGACCACAGUGGAGAAAGGCUAUUAUAACUCCGAGAGGUAGUGUGGGUGAGCAAUUCUAAUUUAAAAUGUCAAAAACGUACCCCUGCUAUAGAAUCGUAAAUAUAUGGUUGUCCUCUGUGUUUGUGUGUAGAUAUUUUUUUUAACAAAUAUCUCUCUUCAUUGUUAUGUCCAGUAGUCUUUUUUGCCCAUUUUAUUAUUCUAUUUUGUGUGGGCAGGAAAAUGCUGUUGAAAAAUGCAACUUUGUUAUUUUAGAAGUUAUUGUAAAUAUUGCUGUGAAUAUUUUAGUUUGGACUCAUUAAUCAGUGUCAUUUGUGCAUAAUUUUAGCAUUUCUGUUUUUCCGCUAAAUCUUCCUCAAGCCGCCAGCUUUAACAUAAGGCUGUAUCUUUCUUAAUUUGUACACCAGAAUCCCAUCACUAAAUUAAAUUGAUUAGUUUGUUGAAAAUCUGUUCCCCUCUCAGGCCUCAGGUUACUCUGGGCGAAUAUUUUCUGAUGUGUUUUGAAGAAGUGCUCUUCCAUUUGCAUAGUAACUUUGAUGUGGGCAAAUCAUAUGAUUUCACUGAAUUCAUUUCUAAUAUUUUCCACAUCUACAGUAAAAUUCAAGUUUUCAAAAUGUAGCUGCUUGCUGGCCUUGCCAAUUUCAUGAAGUAUGAUCGCACCACAUGGAUGGGCAGUUGAUAUUUUGGCUAUUGAGUCAUACCAAUAGUUUUUAUGUAAUGUCCUAUGUUUUAAAAAUUCAUUAUGGCCUUAUUUUGAAUACAUCAAUGCUAUUCUAUUAUUGUCUAUUGUAAUUAAAAAAAUAAUUUGUGAAUUCUGAAGACCAUAUAAAAUGUAUACUUGUAAAUACAUUUUGAAGGCUUUCACACAAUUAAAAUUGUUUUUCAAAUGUUUAGUUUUUUUAUUAUUAUUAUUCAUAUGCUGGUGAUCACAUUAUUUCCAUUAUUUUCUUUUCACAGACUUUUAUAUUGACAUUAACACUUGAAAAAAUAUAUCAUCCAGUUGACAAGAGGAUGAAUAUGGAAGAAUAUACUAGUUGAAAACAACCUGUGAAUAUAACAUUCUUUAAUAACACAAAUCCUCUGGCAGUGCAUUUUAUCUGUACAUAGAGACAUGUCUAAUACAUUGAGUAUGCCGACUGUGAGGUCUAAGUUGGCUCAGUCAGUGGACCUCUAGUGUCCUGUAGUUAGGCAGUAGCUAAAAACAAGAGUCUUCUAAGGAAAAUGAUAAUCACAGCCACAUUCAAGCUUCUCCACGGAACUGUAGGACCCAAAUAGACUACAGUGUGGAAUGACUCAAUGAAUGCCUGCACAUAAUGUAAAUUCCAAAUCCACAUUUUUUUUUAAAGAACUUGUAUGUAUUUCCCGAUGGGAAGAUGCAAUGCUUAUUUAGGAUCGUUAAGUUUUGCAACACCCGUCGUGGAAUCUGAGCAUUCGUGCCCUUGUCUAAAUACACCUUUACUCCUUUGAAGGCAAGUUUAUUUUACCAUGAGUGUAAUAUUGAGAAAAAUGUGUUUUAGUCUUACCUGUGUAUUUUCAAGGUGCUACAUAAAAAAAACAACAACAAAAAAACAUGGAACAUUCAUGGCUGUGGGAUGGGGCAAUGACGUAGGACCAAAUAUGGUCCCAAAAGAUUCAAAGUUUGUACAUACUUUUGAUAUGAUCGCACAGAAAAAGAUACACAUUUUCAGUAAUUCAUGCAAAAGUAGCUAUUGCUUUCUGUUUGUAUAUUGUAUGUACUGUAAAUUUGCUUAUUUUAUAUUCUCAACUGGUCAGAAAAAAAGAAUUGUGAUUAUUAGUCUUGUAAAACUAUAUGUAGUUAGAUGAUGUGACAGCCUAAUAUUUAUCUAAUAAACAUAUGUAUUCUGAUUAAAUGUA